AUGGCGAAGCAAGUGGAACUAUCCAUACGUUGCGUAGUUAAAGGCUACAACGAAUGUCCAUUUGAAGCGAAUAUUGGGGAAAACGUUUACGCAUUCAAGAAGAGAGGAGAACGUGGGAAUGAAGUUACCAAUGAUCGGGGGCUGCUCGGCCACCUUCAAAUCGAGCUGGUUAGUCCUCUUUGGCCCUUACACGAAAAGAUUACUGUGUAAGUUUGAAAAAAAAUUAAUCGAAAUGUGUCGUCUCAAUCCGCAGUACUCAUUUUAUUUAUCUUAAAUUUUUAGAAUUGUGACAGGAAGUCCUGAGGAUGAUCCAAAAGGGAGAUGGCGACGCGGUGGAGGGAAAAAUGUCCCUUUGAAAGUUAUUAUUAAGCUGCAGGAAAAUCAAGCCCGGGAGGUUUAGCGAAAAUUGGAGCUGAGUGGACUUGCUGUAAUGACAAGAAUGAUGUCCCAGGAAAAGGAUGACUGAGCAAAUGCGUUCGUCAAAUCGAAACAAGCAUAACUUUAAUGAUCUAAACAUUUAUCGCUUGGGCCGUGAAGUAUUGCAAGUUGAAAUGAGAAGUGAAAACUUGAUUACAUGUGAUGUGUUGGUUUUUGAUACGUGUGGUAUUUCACAAUAGUAACGCGGCGUCAACAACUGACGAGACAACAUGCCGGCAAAACAAUCAUCUAACAUGUGUUAGAAAGUAAUUACUGGUUUCCGGACUUUGUUUUACUGUCGCUGUAAUUUAGAAAUGAGUGCUCAAUAUAUCCUCCUACAUUCACUUUCUCGGUUCCACUCAUUCCGUUCCACGUAAAAAACUCACUCACACACUUGAUUCCACUUAAAAAACGCAACGGGAACAUCAAGGCCAGAUCAUCGUGUUGGAGGUCUCAAAGAUGCGAACGUGACAUGAGACCAUACAGUAGGGCGCAACGUGUAAAUUAAACAUGUGAAUAGUUUGUCCCUUUUGUGAUUUCCUGGCCUUAGGCAGAUUUUGUCUCAGGGUGUGACUUCAGUUUUCUUCGUCUGUUCUGGAACCACACUUUCACCUGUUAAUGAAGAUAACAUUGAAAUAGUUAUUUGUUACACUUUAUACAUUGAUCCAACUCUUUCACCCUCUUAAUAAAAAUUGGUUUUCAAACCUAGCAUAAAGUUCUGACGUUCUUCGGGAAUGUUUCGCAACUUCCGGCAGAACUGGGAACUGUACAUUGCAUAGCCUGUGGAAUCACCCUAAAAUUGGUUGAACCAGACAAAAUUUCGAGGAUGUUAGCCCGUCACUCGCAGCUGGAAACGCAUAAAAACAAGGCUGGAUGGUACCUGGACAACGACAAAAAUGUCGUCAAAUACAAGCCGAAGGGUAGGCGAACAUAAUUGUCAUUGGUAUUAGGAUAUUUAAAAAACAGGUCUACAAGAAAGUGAAUAGUUCUUAACCUGUGCUUCGCCGAUUUCCAGACUUUCUGCGGUCCUUUCUAUUAUAUUUGCACUGGUGUGUCCUUUACUGGAUUUAAAUAUGGCCUCCAAUGAAGAAAUCUCAGCAGUCGAAUACUGCUUUCUCUUCACACUGGAACUUUUAAACUCCUUACUCCUGGCCUUACUAGUUGAUCCCGUUUCGUCUUUAAGAGUAAAUUCCUCCGGGGGCUGUUCAUAAUCAAUCAUUAAGUGGCGAGUUGACACACUAAACAAGAUUUUUUUACAGCUGAAAAGUGCAUCAAGAAUCCUGCUGGAGUAGUUUUUCUUAUAAUUUGACAACACAGAGAAAAAACUCAAACUUACCUCUUGCUUUUUUAAAAAAUUCAUCCCUCACGUCAGAACAGUUCAUAAAUCGAUCCAUCAUGACCCAUGGGGCUUUCCCCAGCCCUGGUGGUACUUCCUUUGGAGGAUUGUUUAAGUAAACGGACAUUGACCCUGCGAUCUCUCCAUGUAGAGCUUGGCAAAGACCGUUUGGGAAACUCCGUUUUCCGCCAACCAACUUGUUAUCUUUUCGGCCAAAAGACGGGGAGGUAUCGAUCGCGUUGUCUGGCUAUCUUGAAUAUCUUCCUCACAGGUUUCUUGUUAAUAACAAAAGAGAGUUUUUCCAUUUAAACCGAGACCCCGGACCGAGAUUUGACAAAGAUUAAAUGCAUGUACAGGAAAGCUUACCAUCACUUAUUGUGCCUCCAUGGUCUAGAAUGAAGGUUUUAACUACGUCUUCAUUUCCUGGCGGAAUCUUAACUGUCCACUGCAAAAAGUUACAGGUUAAGAAAUACUGUAGUUACAAUAUUCUAGAGGAAUAUGAAAACAUGCGAGACACAUGAAAAGAUAAGGAACCUUGAUAAAAUUUUCCAGUUGCCGUUUUUGUACUGCUAAGUCUUGUUGGCCGUCAGCUGAUGUUGAGCCUGAAAUAAUUGCAAUGCCAUCGCUUUCUGGUUUUUCCAUAUCACUCAUAAACGUCAAGUUCCGUUUUCGAGAAGACCGCGGUUACUACAGCUUUCGCCAACAAAAGGAGCAAAUUUACUCUCUACUUAUACCCGGAGCACGCGUCGAGAAAGCUUCACAUGAUACAUACAAUUAAAUCUCGGCAGGAAUCAUUUCCGAUGCGUCUACCAUUUACAUGUCUGUUAAAAGUUAAAAGUAUGUAACUAAAAUAUUUCACUUAAAAAUAUGUAUUUAAUCGAGGUAAAAGGCUCUAGUAGAGCACAUCUAUUAGUAUGUUUUACUGUAGGUUGCCAAGCAAUAUCCAACUUCUUUGCAAAGAGGAGUUCAUGUUCCCAAGAGACAAGGGACAAGAAGAAGCAACGAAUGGCGGAUCAUCAUUAAAAAACUUCAAAAAACCCCCAGUGCCAAGUGAAACUGUAGUUGCCAAUAUCGUGCAGGAUGCAAAGACUGAGCAGGUAUAUUUUCUUUGUUGUUAAGAUCCUUCCAGAAGUGAAAACACCUAAAUUUUCUGUUAGUUUAGCUGAUUCAACAAUUCUCAAGUAAAACGCGUGUUACCUCGCAAACUAUGCCAAUCCUUUAAAAAUUGUCCUAGCUGAUACUUACGACGCGAAAAGCUUCCUCCCCAGUUUCCUCUCUAUCCUUUCCCUGCCCGGCCUUAAGGUCAAUGAACUGUUAGAAAAUCAGACCGAAAAGUAAGCUGGCUGGAAUGCUCUUUAUACUUUUCUAACGAAUAUACGUUUUAACUUGGUAGGUCGCAUCUGACGUAAGAGAAGCGAUGGCAAUCGACACAGGUAACAGAUUGGCAAAGGUCAUAACCAGCCAUUGCAUACCCACACUUCAUUCCACUGAUCUACUUCCGGUUGAAAUUAUAGUCUUGAGCAAACGUGAUAGCGAGGCUAAAGCAGAGCUGGCUGUUGCUGCAAAAGUCCGAAAAGUUUUGUUAUCUACGGCUUCUUCUGCCGUUAGUAAAAUGGCAGAAUUGUCUAACACUUUGUUGUCUGUUUACAAGGAGGAAAGCAAUGAAUUUGCCACAAAAAUGUGUACCACCUUAAACUACGUGAUACCAUCUUUAUUGCCAGUAGAUCAAGGGCCUUCGGUUUCUGCACCUUUCAUGUCUCUGUUAGAAGUAAUGGUUAAACAGUCAACGUUAAUUGAUGAAUACAAGCUCCACAUAGGAAAAUUACGAAGAGAGUUAGACUCCAAAGAUGCUAUAAUACAGGAAAUUGAGCACCAAAUGCAACAGUCCAAAACGCCAAGAGUUCCCGAAAUUGCCCUUAAACUGGCUUGCAUUAUUGAAAAUCCAACAGAAGACAAUCGCUACUUGACAUCAAUUGUAUCCAAUUUUAUCCAAAAUAAUGGGGUUGUGUCCGGAAAAAGAUGGAACGAUGAUGUAAAAGAUCUUUUUGCCAUAAUUCUUGAUUAUGGGGGCCCUGCGCUUGUUAAAAUUGUAUCAGAAAGGUUGAAUGGUCCAAGCGUCAUGACCUCUUUUAGAAGAGCGAGAUCUACAUGGACAACGCCGAUUACUUUAAAGGAGGUUUCUGUAGAAAGAACAGCCGCGUUUUGUGAAAGCAUAGGAUAUAGGGGACCUUUUAGUUUGGCUGUUGACGCAACUGCUGUGAUUCCAACUUUAAGGAUUAAAGGAAACACUGUUUAUGGUCUUGCAACUGAAUCGGAUGUCAUCGCAACAUCAGCACAAGAUGUGAUUGACAUUGUAAAAAAUAGCAACAUCGAGAAAGCCAAACAAGCCAAUGCAUUUACGCUAGUUCCUUUAUAA